UUCGUGGUACAACUAACCCAGACUUGGAGCUCAACAUACCUCGCUAACCCUCUAAGCGAGCUUCGUGGUACAGGGCUCGGGUUGGGGAUUCCCAGGGUAACCGGUUGUUGUUAGUGUGGAUUUUUGCCGUUGGUUACGGGUUUCAGUGACCUGGUUUGUAACAUUAAAGUUCCUUCAAGUACUCAUGACUGGACAUCUUUAUGUCACCGGCGAGGAUUAGGACUCAAGAAAAGGGAAUAUCCCCUCAGGAUGGACAUAGUCACCGAAGAGCUGCCACAGCUGAGCAACGAGAUGCAGUUGAGCAUCAUGAACAAGGUGAAGAAUGGUGAGCUGUCCAUCGAAGACGCUCUGCACCAGGCCGAGAGAGAGAGGAAGCAGUUGCUCCAGCAUAUGGACGAGGCUGAGGAGGUGAAGCCACAGUCACAAUACAACUUCAGCGUUCACAAACAUGGUCGUUACAGAUGGCAGAAGCGAGUCCUCCAGAUUGACUUCAAGACCCAGAUGGUGUGCAGCAUAGAGAAAGGCAUCGUCAACCGGCAGCUCCCCUUCUCGCGGGUGAAGAACUGCGAUGACGGCGCGGGCUCCAGGUUCUCCAUCUCUUUCCGAGAUCACCAUGACUACGAGCUGGAGGCCACGUCACUGGAGGACAAGCACAAGAUGAUGCAGCUUGUGAAUCAGAUUAUCUAUGGAAACAUCUACUGUCCCCCCGUGGAGGUGAUGUCAGAAGCCCACCCACAGUCUCCGACACCCUCCCAAUGCAUUCUGGAGGGGGUCCUGCUCCUUCACAGGGGAGGCCUGGCAUCAUUCAAAUGGGUGAAGUAUGAAGCCCAGCUCCACCCGGGUCAGCUCAUCCUGCUGCCCGCGGGACGUCCUGCAGUGCUGCCCCAAGGAGAGUCCACCCCCACCUUCAACAACUCCAAGGUCCUCCACCUGUCGGACGGAGACACACGCGUGGAGCGCAGCCACAGCCUUGACACUUUCACACUUAUCACACACAAGAAUGAGUAUCAAUUCCGUGUGCCCAUCACAGCCAUGACCAUGGGUCCCAUGUCCAUCGUGCAGUCAAGGGACGCCUGGGUCCAGGCCGUGGGCAGGCUCUGUAAGGACUGGAGGAGGAAGUCCCAGUUGUUUUACACUCCAGACUCCCUGACUCAGGGACGCCCCCAAGUGGCCACGGGUCUCUCGGAGUCUGGCAGCGAGCGCUGUCGUCAAGAGGCGGGAGAUGCGGACCACGGCUACCCUCCAGCGGACUAUGAGGCUGCAGAUCUUAGCGAUGAGGACACAGCUGGCGUAGGCAGUGGUGGUGGUGGAGGUGGCGGCGGUCUUCCAGCAGCCGUCGUGAAGAGUGGGUAUGGGGACGAUUCGCCGGCCGAACACACCAAACCCACCACUACACCGAGCAGCAUCUCGAUGCCUGCAGCUCCUGAGACGGAGACCGUACCCACGGACCUCAACCCUCACCCAGCAUCGCAGGGGGUCGCCGAGACACCCCCCACCUUCCAUGAUCCUGUGUCAGACUCACCUGCUAUCCCUCCUAGCCCCUUACCUACCCCUUGUACACCUUUACCUACCCCUCUUAGACCUGCACCUAUGCCUCCUAGUCCCUUACCCAGCUCUCCUAGCCCCUUACCCACCCCUUUUACACCCUUACCCACAUCUGAUACUCCCUCAUCCAAUAGUCUUAGUCCCCUACCCAGCUCUGUUACUCCCUCAUCCAAUAGUCUUAGUCCCCUACCCAGCUCUACUACUCCCUCAUCCAAUAGUCUUAGUCCCCUACCCAGCUCUACUACUCCCUCAUCCAAUAGUCUUAGUCCCCUACCCAGCUCUGUUACUCCCUCAUCCAAUAGUCUUAGUCCCCUACCCAGCUCUACUACUCCCUCAUCCAAUAGUCUUAGUCCCCUACCCAGCUCUGUUACUCCCUCAUCCAAUAGUCUUAGUCCCUUACCCAGCUCUCCUCGACCUACACCUACCCCUCCAAGUCCCUCACCCACUACCCAUGCUCCCUUGCCCGCCGACACCACCCCCUCUCCCUUCAGCCAGCUGCCCCCUGCUCCCCCUCCGCCCCCUGGCCACCAGUCAGAGGUAACAGCCAGGCGUUUUCGGAUCCCUCCUCCGCCACCAUUACCGCUGAAACCCAAGGCGCAGCCCCCUAAACGACGAACCAAGGCCUUCCACUGGGACCAGGUUGGCUCCGAUAAGAUUGACAAGUCAUUUUGGAAGCAUGGGAGCGCUCGGAAGGUAGAGCUUGACACGGAGCGCUUGUAUGAACAGUUUGCUGUUCAAGAUUUGGGAAAGUUUGGUGCAAUAGAGCCAUCACAUGUUCAGCAUAUUAUGCUCAACGCAAAGAUUGCACACAACUUCAACAUUUUCCUCAAAAGUUUUCGGGUCCAACCAGGAGAGCUGAAGGACAAACUGUUCAUAGUCAACGAGGCCGAGGGAGGACUCUCUGACGAGCAGAUCGCUUCCCUCAGGAGGUAUGUUCCCACCCCUGACGAUGUGGAAAUGUAUAAAUCCCACAAGGGCCCUCUGGCUGAACUGCACAUUGUGGACCGAUACAUGAUGGAGAUGUGCAACAUCUCCUACCUGAGCAGGCGUCUCGACAUCCUGCUCACCCUGAGGGAGCUUCCUGUGAGCAUGAAAGACCUGCAGCCCCUGAUCGAGCAGAAGAUUAGGAUGUGCACGGAGCUGCUGGGCUCGGGCUCCUUCGUCGCCAUGCUGGAGUACCUGCUCGUCGUCGGAAACUUCCUCAACAAGAACGCCGGGAAGACGGCCGCCAAGGGGUUCCGUCUGUCCUCCUUAUCCAAACUCGCCCAGCUCCGCGGGAGAGACCGGACCUUCACCUUGCUCCACGCCCUUGUGGAGCAGCUCAUGUUGCACCAACCGUGCAUGCUCAUGCUUAUCCAGGAGCUGGAAGAAUUUGAAACUGUCCCAGGAGCAUCCAUCAAAGGACUGACUGCAGAAGUAGACGUCCUGAAGAAUGAGCUUCAGAAAGUCUUGCACUACAGGAAAGUGAACAAAAAAGAAAAUAGCAUGGAUCAACAUCAAAAGUUCUCCAAAGACUUAAAGAUGGCCAUCGGGAAGUACAAAACGGAUAUCUCUUUGUUGUCGAAGAAAUGUGAGGAGAUGAAGAAACUCUACUCUGAGCUACUGGUUAAAUUUGGGGAGCCAAUGGAUCAAGACUCGCAGGAACUUUUUGGGUGCAUCAGUCAGUUUCUCCAUGACUUCAAGAAAAUACAUGCCGAAUUUCAAUAGUGUAUUAAAUGCUCUCAGGUAGGUUCUGUACUGCAAGACAUAAAUCUUGCCCUCGUGACAUUUUCCAUCAAGGUCAAGAGAAAUUGGUUAGGAAAGGAAAUAGGGCUUAAUUUUUAGACUAUUAUAUAUUCCACCAGAGCCAGGGCGUCAUCUUGACCGAAUGUCUUGUCCUAGCAUUAUCUCAGACAUCAACGGUCGGCGGAAAUAGAAAGCAAGGAUGCUUCCUUAACAUUGCUGUUCUCUGUCUUCUUUGCUGACAAUUCUCUGAGUCCUAGGCCGUGUAUUUGUAGUAUUAAGGAGGAUUCGUAGCAUUAUCCAAAGCAAUACUCACUGGUGCAACAUGGGUGCUACUUCGCCACCCAUUUUCUUUGAUGGUGAAAACCGGGAUGUGGUACAAACUUGAAACCUGUAUGUGCAUAAACAUACCAAGCAGGGAUCUCUCCCAAACGGUAUGCAGGUGUACACAGGCUGAGACGGUUUUAAGGGUGUUGCAACAUUCAUGGAAACAUGAGUUUUCUUAUAUCGAUACAAUGAAAUUCAAAAACUUUUGCAGAAUCUAGAUAUUUAUCUCAUGUAAAAAGGGCCUUAGUUGUUCCUUCAUUCAAUGAAAAGCAAAUCCUUCACAUUGCAUUCAAUAUAAUAAUAGAUACUGUUCCUGUGUGUUGGCAGUUGUUUGGGUGAACGUUGACAACCAACCCUUUUUGGCAAAGUGCACAUUCGGAAUAACCUGCAUUUCAAACACAUCUAUACAACACAGAUUAGUUAGAAUAGGGCGGUCUCAGUGAUGGCAAGCCGAGUGAGAUAUUUCAUUUGGUGUUGUGAAACAUUUGAGUUGUAUUCCAUUUGUUGAUGCAGCAGGCUUAUGUUUGACAGUCACAGUAUGACUUUUUGAGGACUCUUGAGUCCGCUACCUUUUGUGUAUGCUCAACGUGAACCAUGCACGAUCGUCUCAGCAGUCGCUCAUCCCUCGUUUCCAAGAUGAUCUUCACCGCUCGCUCGAGGAUAGGAGAAUUAAUGCUUUUUCACCAUGAUAAUCAGAAUAUAAAAAAUCGGUUGCUUGGGUAUUCAGGAAUGUUUGGUCUCAGUGGGCUUGAACUUACUUUAUGGAACUUAAGAUCAAAUGAUUAAGUCACUUUGGGUAUUUUGUUUGUGAUCUAUGAAUUGCAUCAACAGCAACAGUCCUUCCUUCACACUUUAAUUCUUUAGAAUUAAUUAUCUUUUGUGACUUUUAUGUUUGUAUGAGAUACAGUUUAAUCAUAGAAUGAUAUAGUUGGUCAAAUUACCAGAAGGACAUGUUAUAAUGAAUGUUGGUUGUUUGUAGGCAGAUAAAAUCCCAAUUUUAAUCAGAUCUGUCUAUUUUAUAAAGUAAGGAAUAAUUAAAGUGACAUUUAAAAAUAAAUGUGAUGUUGAACAUUGUUUUCCUUCUCUGAGAACUGUAAUCAUUCAAAAUAGAGAUUUAAAGAAUAAAAAAAAAAGAAUUAUGUUGAGGUA